CUGCUGAAGAUCUGAACCCCUCCUCUCUACGCCCACACUCCCCCCCCUUCCUCCACCUCAUUAUCUCCUCCUUCGCGUCCGUGCUACGGUCUUGUAAUUUGGUAGCGGCGCAAUUGGCAGCUCUCAGAACCAUAGUCUGUGCAUAUUGAUUCUAUACCCGUCAAGCUCGUUCACGCGGCUCGUUGCAAUACCCCGCAAUCGUCACGAUGUCUGCUUCUGCUCUUCCAUCGCAGCGUGUCCCCAUCGAGGAUGACGCCCGUUCAGUUUCCUCCGAGGAAUCCGAUAUCAGCAACGAAGAAGGAUGGGAGGAUGUUGAGCCUGAUGACGAGACUCAGCCCGUCGUCGGUCUGUUUUCCGACAAGGUGUACCCCGAUGUGUUGUCCAUGUUGAAAGAGACCAAGGACAAGCACAACUUUGACCUGCGAGGAAUCCGCAAGGAGUUCGACUUGGACUUCUUGGGCACUAUCAAACUUGUCAACUACAUCCGCUCUCAUGUCAAGCAAGGCAACAUGUCGCCGGAUGUCUCCUCCAAGGAUAAAUUUGACGACGAACUUUACUUGAUGCCGGUCCUCGAAGACGACGCUCUACUGUACAGCUUGGAUGAUAUUGACGAGGAGGGGCCAGACGCUGCGGGAAACACGGACGCUGAACGGCGGGUGAUUGAGCUGCAGGAGGACCUUGAGCGCCUGCAGACCCAAUUCUCUGAAUACAGAGAGGCGGUCCAGAAAUCAAUGGAGGAGCAAUUAUCCAAAGAGGAUGAGAAGCUCAAGACCGACCCCAAUGCUCCUCCGGCGCGACGGGCUACCAGCAAAAUCGAAGAAGCAGACGCGGAUUACUUCGUUUCUUACUCCUAUAACGGCAUUCACGAGUCCAUGCUUAAGGACACGGUCCGCACUGAAGCUUACCGGGAUUUCGUCUACGAGAACAAGCAUGUCUUCAAGGACAAGGUUGUCUUGGAUGUUGGUUGCGGAACCGGAAUUCUUUCCAUGUUCUGUGCCAAGGCUGGCGCUCGCAAGGUCAUCUCCGUCGAUAACUCCAACAUUAUUGACAGAGCCAAGGAGAUUAUUUACGAGAACGGUUUCGGCGAUGUGAUAACGUGCAUCCGUGGCAAGAUUGAGGAAGUUACACUCCCCGUCCCGCAGGUGGACAUCAUCGUAUCCGAAUGGAUGGGAUAUGGCCUUCUUUUUGAGGCCAUGUUCGACUCGGUCAUUUACGCUCGAGACCGCUACCUUGCGCCCGGUGGCCUCAUGGCUCCGUCGCAUGCUACCCUCCGCAUCGCCCCAUUUGCGGACUCCGAAUUCAUUUCGUCGCACAUCACUUUCUGGAAGAGUGUCUACGGCUUCAACAUGAAGAGCAUGCUUACCGGCAUCUACGAUGAGGCACUCGUCCGCAGCGUACCGCCUUCAUCAAUUCCUGGAGAUUCUGAUGUCUUCCUGCCUCUUCCGCUGCAUACCAUCACUGUUGAAGAACUAUCUUUCUUGAGAGAGUUCAAGGUGACUCUUACUGAAGACAUUGAUGCACUCGAUGGCUUCGCUAUUUGGUUCGACAUCUUCUUCAUGCCGUCCAGAGAUGCCCCUCUUGCGGAUGAUGCUAUUCCCUCUGAUAUGCAGAAGAAGGGCAUCGUUGCUUUCACCACCGGGCCCCACGGCACUGAAACACACUGGCAACAGACCAUCUGCCUCAUCGAUCAGGAGAAGAAGAAGGGUGUUUCGCUGAAGAAGGGUCAGACGAUCACUGGUAAGGUUGGUUACCAGAAGAAGGAGGCGGGAUCACGAUCGUUGGAUAUCAGCAUUGACUGGGAAGCCGAAAAUGAAAAGGGCUCUCAGCUGUGGAGCUUGCAGUGAGCCAAACACGCUCGCUGAUCACCAUUUUAUAAAUAGCUUAGAUCCCAGCAAUCUCUUUCAUGCGGGCAAGACAAAAUCAUAGAACGUGUUCG